GAGGGAGGGGGGGGCGGUUAAUUUUGGGGUUCGCUCGAUCUCCCCCAACCCACUCAAAGGCUGUUUGGACGCGUCGAUGGGGGAGGCUGGGAAGGUGACACAGGAACCGCCGCGAGGUCCGACGGGCGAGGGCAGAGGAUUCCUGGGGCGGAUCCGGGCGGGACCUUCCUCCCGACAAGAUGGAGAAGGAGGAGGAGACGCGGGAGAUCCUGCUGCCCAACUGGCAGGGCAGCGGCUCCCACGGCAUCACCAUCGACCAGACCGACGACGGCGUCUUCGUCAAGCGCGUCCAGCAGAACUCCCCCGCCGCCCGCAUGGGCGUCGUCAAGGAAGGGGAUCAGAUCGUGAGUGCCACCGUCUACUUCGACAACCUGCAGUCGGGGGAGGUGGCGCAGCUGCUGCAGACCAUGGGCCACCACACCGUGGGACUGCGGCUGCAGCGCCGCGGCGACCGCUCCCCCCUGCCCGGCCAGCCCUGGGCGCACGACGUGUUCGCCGCCGGCAGCCCCGAGGUCGUGCUGAGCGGAGAUGACGAGGAGUACAGGAGGAUUUACACCACCAAGAUCAAGCCCCGGCUGAAGUCGGAGGAAGGGGCGGACGCCGAGGGCGGGGGGACGCAGAGCAGGACCAUCACGGUCACCAGGAAGGUCACGGCCUACACCGUGGACGUCAGCCGGCACGGCGGCGCCGGCGACCUCAGCGCCGCGGGCACCGACCUCGACAUCCGAGUCCCGAGCCCGGGAAUCGCCCUCGGCGCCGACGGAGAGCCCGGGAAAAUCCGGCUGCCAACGGGAGAGCUGAGGACUCAGCCAGAGAGCCAAAUUCCUGGUGGAGAAACUGGAAAAGCCUUCCCGCCGGAGACGUCGAUGGGCUGGAAAGGCUCUGUCGCGUUUCCAGGGUCACCCAGGGUUGAAACCAAUGGACAGAUGGGAGAGCUGGAGAUGGGAUUCCACGUCAAGGGGCCCAGGGUGGACGGGAAAGGACAAGCCCCGUGUCUCCAGGGAGAGGUCGACGGGUCUCCGCCGCCCGUGGACGUGGGGAAGAUCAAGAUUCCUGCUUUAAAAAUCCCCAAAUUUGGGUUCCAGGCCGGCAGUGGUGAAGCUCCAGCCCCCCCGGCGGGCGCCGACAUGGACAUCACCUGCUCACCUGUCCAGGUGUCACCCCCCUCAGCCACAGCCGGGAAGGUCCCCUCCCCUCAACUGGGAGUCCCCGGCGUCGGCAUCGACGGCCCUGGCAUGGAGCUCACGGCUCCCGGCGCCGACGGCACCAAGGGGAAGGUCAAGAUCCCGCACAUGACCUGCCCCAAAUUCACCGCCCUGGACUCGCGGGGGGACGGCCCCGCCCUGGAAAUCGGGGUCCCCAAGGGCGAGGCGGCCGUCGAAGGAGGGUGGAAAGGCCCCGCCUUCAAGAAGGUGGAGACGCCCCAAAUCUCCCUCUCCGACGUGAACUUGAGCCUGAAGGGCCCCCAGGCCAAGGGGGACCUGGGGGGGGUCACCGUCCCCAAGGUGGGGGGGGACCUCCCGGGACUCGGCCCCAAGGGGCUCCAGGUGGACGUGAAGGCGCCCGAGGUGGAAUUCGGGGGUCGCGUGAAGGGCCCCAACGUGGACGUCGGCGCCAAGGGGCUGAAGGGAGAGGUGGACGUUUCCAUCCCGGCCGUGGGCGGCGAGUUCAAAGGGCCCCAACUGGAGCUUAAAGGCCCCGCGGGGAAGACGCCGGAGCUGCACGUCCAGACCCCCCAGAUCUCGGUGCCCGACGUCGACCUGAACCUCAAAGGUCCCGGAGUGAAAGGAAAUCUGGACGUUUCCAAACUGGAAGGGGAGCUGAAAGCCCCCGGACUCGACAUCAAAGGCCCCAGAGUUGACGUUGGGAGCCCAGACCUGGACGUCCAAGGUCCUGAGGGCAAACUGAAGUUCCCCAAGCUGAAAAUGCCCAAAUUUGGGGUGAAGGGAGAGACCCCCAACGUCGAGGUGACUCUUCCCAAGGGGGAAGUGGACAUUUCUGGCCCCAAAGUGGACAUUUCUGGCCCCAAGGUUGACCUGAAGGGCCCCAAGGUGGACAUUUGUGGCCCCAAGGUGGACGUCGAUGUCCCGGGCGUGGACAUCAAGGGCCCCAAAGUUGACAUCGAGGCCCCUGACGUGGACAUUCACGGCCCAGAGGGGAAGUUCAAGAUGCCCAAGUUCAAGAUGCCCAAGUUUGGGAUGCCUGGGGUCAAGGCUGAAGGCCCCGAGGUGGACAUGGCCCUGCCGACAGGAAACCUGGAUGUGUCCGGUCCCAAGGUGGACAUUGAAGGUCCAGAGGUGGACAUUGAAGGUCCUGAAGGAAAACUGAAGGGCCCCAAGUUCAAGAUGCCCGAGAUGAACAUCAAGGCCCCCAAAAUCUCAAUGCCCGACAUCGACCUGAACCUGAAGGGCCCCAAAGUGAAGGGGGGGGUCGAUGUCUCUGUUCCCAAGCUGGAAGGUGACCUGAAGGGCCCUGAACUGGACAUCAAGGGCCCCAAGGUGGACAUCGAGGCCCCUGACGUGGACAUUCACGGCCCAGAGGGGAAGUUCAAGAUGCCCAAGUUCAAGAUGCCCAAGUUUGGGAUGCCCGGGGUCAAGGCUGAAGGCCCCGAGGUGGACGUGACCCUGCCGACAGGAAACCUGGAUGUGUCCGGUCCCAAAGUGGACAUUGAAGGUCCAGAGGUGGACGUUGAGCUGCCCGAGGGGAAGGUGAAGGGCCCCAAGUUCAAGAUGCCUGAGAUGCAUUUUAAGACCCCCAAGAUCUCGAUGCCUGAUGUCGACUUCAACCUGAAGGGCCCCAAAGUCAAAGGUGAUCUUGAUGUGUCUGUCCCCAAAGUUGAAGGUGACCUGAAGGGCCCAGACAUCGACAUCAAGGGCCCCAAAGUCGAUGUUGACCUUCCUGAUGUUGAGCUGGAAGGACCCGAAGGAAAACUGAAGGGCCCCAAGUUCAAGAUGCCCGAGAUGAACAUCAAGGCCCCCAAAAUCUCCAUGCCUGACGUUGACUUCAACUUGAAGGGCCCCAAGAUCAAGGGAGAUGUUGAUGUGUCAGUGCCAAAGCUGGAGGGUGACCUGAAGGGCCCUGAACUGGACAUCAAGGGCCCCAAGGUGGACAUUGAGGCUCCUGAUGUGGACAUUCACGGCCCAGAGGGGAAGUUCAAGAUGCCCAAGUUCAAGAUGCCCAAGUUUGGGAUGCCCGGGGUCAAGGCUGAAGGCCCCGAGGUGGAUGUGACCCUGCCGACAGGAAACCUGGAUGUGUCCGGUCCCAAGGUGGACAUUGAAGGUCCAGAGGUGGACGUUGAGCUGCCCGAG